AUGUCAAUCAGUGAGAUUGUUACACUUAACAAUGUCGCAUCCUUACUUUGCGGUUAUCCUGGUGGAAAAGAGCUCUUUGAAGCCAUCAUUCCAUUGUUAAGCUCGAUAGUUUUGAAGUCAUCGCAUGAUGCGAAUUAUCGUGAUUCCUUGGCUAAAGAUGAAGAGCUAUGGAGUGCAAUCGGUAGAUGCUCUAGGUUUGAGCAAUUUUUGACGAAUUAUGGUGGGAAAAUGGAGCUGCGAUUUUGGCAUUUGAGGACCUUCAGAGGAGUUGUAUUGUUGGCUCGGAAUUUGUGCGUCUCGAAUCAGGAACUCCCGCAAAAUUUGAUGCUUCAAUACCAGUUUUUUAGGGCAUUUAACAGCUUUAAGGAAGGAUAUCAGUACGAUGAAAUGGAACUGUCGCUUUUCAAGACCUUGACCGAAUUUUUCUGCAAUGUAACGUCAAAAUCUGUUGUUUUUGACAAGUCUUGCAUUCAAGAUGUAACGCAAUUUCUAUGUUAUCCUAUUGCUCAAAAUAAAGCAGAUGAUGUGAUUCUUUCUUAUACAAUGCUACUUCGAAAUUUGGUAGCACACGACGAUUUUGUUUAUCAUUUUCUUAAGACAGACGAGGCAACAACUGUCCUUCACGAUUUCCUACUGGCGAAAGUUUGCCAAGAUCAUACUAACAUUCCUAAGAUGAUAAAUGACAAACAUGGAGAUAACACUGAGCUUUCAGUACUAGGAGGGCUGGUUAUGUCUAUCUUUAUGAGAUUAUGCUCUCACGAAUCUUUCGCACCUUAUGUGGCAGAUGUUGAGAAAUCUGAUCAGGACAAAUUCAUGGAUUUCUUGAACUUAUCACAUCUGGCAACUACCAGCUCUGAAAACUGGAACAAUUUUCAGCUCACAGGUAUCAUGACAUGGUGUUUCAGACUCUUGGAAUCGCUUGCAGCAGAUGUGCAGGCAUAUUUCGAUAUCAAUGAUGAGAACGAGAGCCGUGCAAAAUUCUUGCACGAUAGGCUACUAAUAGUGCUCGACAUUUUGACUAAGUUGACUCAAUACGAGCACGUUCGUAAAUUCAUGGUUUUUUACAAAGGAGUAGAAGUACUUGUCCGUCUAUUGCAUUUAUUUCAAGAAAAGCUACUGAGGCUGAACAUUUUGCAGCUCACGGGCCAAAAUGCAUCAACGCUAAAGGUUACAUUUAGCAACGGCGUACAAAUCUCUGACAGUGCCCUCAUUGCCUCUCGCUUUGACUCCACCACCGGAUCAAUCAAAGCUACAAACUUCCCAGAAUGCAAACUACUUAUCAUCGAAACUCUGAGCUUCCUCGCUUACAACAAUAAAGAUGUACAAGACAAAAUGAGAGAACUCCAGGGUCUGGAAGCGGUGCUGAGUAACUGUGUUAUCGACGAUAACGAUCCGUUCAUCAAAGAGCGGAGUAUCAUGUGCAUAAAAAUACUUCUUCAAGAUAAUCCGGAGAAUCAAAAGAUUGUUGCCAAGCUUGAAUCAAAAAGCGCAGUUCAUGACGAAACGCUAAGCCAAGCUGGUUAUGAAGUAAAUGUUGGCAAGGGUGGCAAGAUCCAGAUUGCUCCACCUACGAAACACUGA